GAUUCGUCCACAUUUAGAUCGCUAGGAAAAAGACGCCAAAUUUCUCAAAAAAAAAAAUCUACACACCAACGUUUUGCCUACCAUACUCUGAGCGGUGUAAUAUAGACAGAUUUAGUUUGUAGCUGUGCUUAUUUUACAAGUUUUGUCGACCAUUAUUUGAUUGGAAUACUCGUGGGUUUAUUUCAGAAAUUUGACAAAAUGGCCGACAUUAGCACAGAGCAACUAACGACUGAAAUUCAUGCCGUAUUAAAGAAAGCUGAUCUGUCUGUUGUGUCCGCCAAGAAAGUCCGGGAACAAGUUGAAAAGAAAUUGGACUGUUCCUUGCUGAAUCGUAAGAAGGAGUUCGAUAAAAUUGUUAUGGACUUUAUAAAUUCACAGCAGGAUGAUGAAGAAUCGGAGGAAGAAGAAGAAGAUGAAAAGGAGGAAAGUGCCGCUUCAGAAGAAGAAGCAAGCAGUGAAGAAGAAAAGAAAAAGCCGGCUAAAAAGCGGCCACAGCCAACACAGCGCAAGGCAGCACCUCCGAAGAAGAAACGCAAGUCAUUGAAUGCCUCCGAUUCUGGAACUGAAUCUGAUGGUGGCGACGACUCUGAUUUCGAGGUAAGCAAGAAGAAGAAAGGCUCUUCUGCAGGUCCCAAAAAGAAGAAAGCUGCUGCCGGUGGUGCAGGUCGCAAAUCUACAGGUUUCACACGCGCCUAUAACCUAUCGCCCGAACUGUCCUCCCUGAUGGGUGCCGAAUCCUUGCCACGUCACGAAGUCGUAAAGAAAGUCUGGGCACUUAUCAAAGAGCGCAACCUGUAUGAUCCUAAUAACAAACAAUAUGCCAUAUGUGAUGAUGAACUUCUCAAGGUGAUGAAAGUCAAACGUUUUCGUACUUUUGGUAUGCUAAAGCAUUUGAAGCCACAUUUCUUGGACUAAAUCUCCCAAGUAGCUGCUGCUGUGCUACUGUUGACUGAAAGAGAAGUAUCAGUAAUUGGCUGCAAGAAAAGAAUGAUAUAUUGCAUUGGGCAAACUAGCGCAGAUAUGGUCCUUCCUUUUUCCUUUUUUUUAUAUGAUCAUAUAAUUUUAGCAUUUGUUUUAAGUUUUCGUCAUAUAUUUUUCUGACAUUUAACUAUUUUGUCUUAAAUAGAUCCAGUUUUAAUUGUGUUAGGUUAACAUGUAACGCAAAUCCAGUUUGUUAAGAUAUUCACCGUAAUUUUGAUUACGCCGUUGACUUCAAAUAAUAAUAAUGGAACCGCAUUUUUGAAGGUACGUGUACGCCUGCGCGUAUUAAUUUUAUAUUUUCAAUAAUUUUUCUAAGUUUAAAAAGCCGUCGGCACAAUUAAGUGUGUAUCAAAAAUGAAAAAAAGAACUCUUUGUAAGAAAUGAAUACAAAAACGAAUAAUUAAAAUAAAUUCAAAAAAUUGCUUAAAUUUA